GGUUUUCGAUGCACAAAAUGUUUAAACAAGAAAGUACACUAUAAUCGUUUUGAACCAGGUGGCAAAAUAUGCUUCAUAUGGAUCAAUAAUUCAAAAUCUUAUCUGGUACGUCACUCUCAGUCAAGUUCUGCGUGCCGUCGUUCUCAGAGCCCAAUCCGUGUAUGUAUUCUGACGUUUUACCAUAAGUGCAUUCACAGAUGGGACUGUGUAUCUUCUUAAUAUUCAUGAACAAUGAGAAAUCUACUUUAAAAUGUAUGUGGCCAGGUUUCAGCAAAUACAAGACUACUAUUUGACGGAACUAGGAACUGCCUGAUUCAUGUACUUUCCCUGGCUGCAUCCUCACGAGUAGCGUUGAGGAGUUGCGCCCGUCGACGUGGUUAGAUCACUGAACGCCAGGUUCUCACUCGCUACGCGAGCAUAGUUCUCCCCAGCACCACACCCAAUCUUGGCGGCGUCACAGGUGGAACUACCUAUCCAACUCAUGGAUGAUGAAUAUUCCGCUGGAGCUAUUCUAUUGUGAAGCACUGCAGGAGCGGAAGUUGAUGGGAGUACACGUGGAGGCAAACCAUACAUUGAGUGAGAUGAUUGAUUGAGAUAAAGUUUGGUACGAGGACGCAAGGUUGCUUUUGGAGAAUAAAGGAAGAUAGCUUUGUAGUAACAGCAGACUAGGUAUUUCGGUAGACUAGGCUCUUUCAAAAUUUUUUGAUUAGCUCAGAUUUAGGCGAUAAUGGAGGCGAUGUCUGAGUGAGAUAUUGCUUGUAAGACACACGCCGUUUGCAGGCAGCCUUAUACGAUACCAAGGUCCCAGACCUAGAUCCUAUAAUUGUUAGGAAUUUAGGGCUAGAUAGGAUCGAUGAAGAAAACCGAUGAGAAUAGAAACUGGAAAAGAUUCAAGAAUUGUUGGAAACUUCGAGACUGCAUGAGGAAGAACAGUCACUCGGCAAAUAAUGAGUAUAAUAUCGCUUGCCAUUUUAUAUAUUGCUUUGACUAAAACCGAAGCAUUUUGUGCUGCAUACAAAAUAGUGCUUCUAGAGGGAUUUAUGUAUCCCGAAUAAUGCCCUAUAGGCAACAAAGGGUUAGUAUUAUCUAGAGAUAUGCCUUUUAGAUAUUCUACAAUAACUGUCUUUUAGGGGAAAUAUGAAAACAAAUCCGAAUAAUGGGGUUUUUAGGUAUGAUUUUCCCCUUUUUUGCUAUUGAAAAAUAUACCAAUCUCGUGGUGAGACUUUUGUGUAAUCAGUAUCCUAACUUGAAGUAAAGCAUAUUUUUCUCUAUUCCAUCCUUUUUGGUUCACUUAUUCACUAAAUACUUCAGAGUUUUUUUUUUUGUAUUAAGCACUAAGUGCCAACACAUUUUGAGGAAUAAGUUGUUGCUUCUAAGGUAGCGUCUGUGGUCUUCUGUUUGUUAAUGCACCAUGGCAAAGGGGUUCAAGAAACACAGCAAGCCAUCGAAAGGUGUAGCCAAGAAAAAUAGCAAAAACGAUCCUCGCAAAAGAAAAGCUAAAAACAACAAUCCUACCAGCAGCGUAAGCCACAAUGUUCGAGCCGAGUUGGAGGCUAUAGUCCAAGAAAUCGAACGUGAUGAGCCCAUUCAAGAGCAGGUCGUAGUGGUGAAGAAGGAGAAGCGCGCCGAAAAGAAACGCCGCGAGAUUGUGGAAAAGGAGGGAAUUGAGGUGAAAUCUGGUAUGACUCUGAGGCAAGCGUGCAAUAUUGCCGACCGACUUAAGCGGCAGCAGCAGCCCCACAAGUGCCCUGAUCCCGACUAUGCGCGCGAUGGUACUGAGGCCACCAACGGUGAGCACACCGAGGAGGACUACAGCGAUACCGCAAACGAGCGUGCGGCUGAGUACCGCCGGGGAGGCUAUCACCCGGUGGUGGUUGGAGAUAUCUAUCACAACCGAUAUCGAAUAGUUAAGAAGUUGGGGUGGGGUUAUUUCUCGACUGUUUGGCUAGUCUGGGAUUACCAAGAGGAGCGCUACCAGGCGAUGAAGAUUCAGAAGUCAGCUAAACACUACAGCGAGGCAGCAUACGAUGAAAUCAGACUUCUUUCAGAAAUUAUGCAAGCUGAUUCACACAAGAUACGUCAUUGUGCGCGGCUUAACGAUUACUUUGAACAUACUGGCCCCAAUGGUACACACGUUUGCAUGGUGUUUGACGUUUACGGUGAGAACUUAUUGUGUUUGAUGGAACGUUACGAAUACCACGGUAUCCCUCUGCCUAUAGUGAAGUGCAUAACACGGCAAAUACUGAUUGCACUAGAACAUAUUAGCAGUAUUAAUAUCAUUCAUACCGACUUGAAGCCCGAAAAUGUUCUUCUUUCAACACCAAAGCACUCCAUUAUAUCCUUGAUGCGACACUAUCAUCCACUGCCAAUGCAUCAAAGGCCACGUUUGACCGAUCGUGAUCCCAAAACUAUGACGAAAUCUCAACGACGCCGCUACUACAAAAAAAUAGCGAAAGAAAAGGAAAUGAAGCAAAACGGCAAACCAGAUAAAGAAAGCACCGCUGUUGAUGGGGCUAAGUCAGAUGCGUCUGGCGUGAGUGAGGCGAGCUCAGAGGUUAGCAAGACAGAUUCCGAGUGGGAGGUAGAGCGUUUCCAUCAUGUUAUACUAGCAGACUUUGGAAACAGUUGUUGGACCUACAAGCAGUUCACAGACGAAGUCCAGACCCGCCAAUACCGUUGCCCCGAGGUGAUUUUGGGGGAGCCCUAUUCGUCUCCCAUUGAUAUUUGGUCGUGUGCCUGCAUGAUCUUCGAGCUCAUUACCGGAGAGUUUCUGUUUGAUCCUAAAAAAGGUGACAAUUACUCACGUGACGAGGAUCAUCUCGCACUAAUGAGUGAGCUGCUUGGUGACUUACCCGAGAGCAUGCGCCUUGGCAAUGGUGAGUAUCGGGGAAACUACUACAACUCGAAGGGUGAGCUGCGCAAUAUAAAGGAACUCCGUUACUGGGACUUGGAGGCUGUGUUACACAGACGACAUCGAUUCACACGGAAGAAGGCAAAAGAGAUUGCUGAUUUUCUUCUUCCCAUGUUGGAGUACAUCCCUGAGAACAGGGCCACCGCCAGCCGGAUGCUACAGGAGCACGAGAGCUUUUUUGAAGUCCAAGAGGAUGAUUAUGAGCCGUUUUGCUUUAAUGAGGAGGAGGUUGACAGAUCCUGUAGCGAGGGGGAUCACAGAAGCAGCACCUCUGCCGAGGAGAGCGAGGAAACGGCUGAAACAUCUUCUUUCUCUGAUGAAAUGGAGGAGUCGUAUGUCCCACGGCGCAUGCAAAAUGUUCAUGAGAAGGCCGAGGCUUUCCGGUAUUGGGAGGAACAUCCUAUUCUUAACAGAAGCUUUCUCGAGGGACGUGGCUUGACCAUCGCUGACAUUCAAGCCGUGCUUUCUGGUAAAAUUCUCGACAACCCGGCUGCACAGGAUGCCGCUAACGAAGUAAUAAGGAUGUUGUCUGAGGAAACAGAGCGCUUUUCUAACGAGAUCACGAGUGAUGGCCAUGAGGAGCAUGAAUAUGAUGAGAACGACUCUGGAUACUCAUCUGAGGGUGAGGCCUCAAUAGAAGAAAAGAUAGGAGGAGAUGCUACUAGGGGAGAGGCAUCGUCAGAAAAAGUAUCUAAUGCUUAA